GAUCGGACGCGGGUGAUAUGAUACUUGCAUAACUGCAGGCAUAAAUGCACAAAAGUUUUAUGCAUGCACCACCAUGCUCAAUCUUUCCUAGCACCGAAUGACCACUUCAAUUAUCCGUAUUUGGCGGGAGGAAGGUCGCACACACAACGACCAUCGUCGAACUUCUAUUCUCAACCACUCAUCACCAUUACUUUCAUUCUUUCCCGUGUAUAAUUAUAUUUGUUUAAUUUGAAUUAUCCCUUAAUACUAAACCACCUUCCUAACAGAAAUCCACCGAUACUUUAUACUCUCGUGCGGAAAUCACCUUGAAUCAAAAUAUUGCAGAGGAGGGAACAAGUCAAUGGAAAGAGCCUACGUAUCGUUCUCAGCUGAUCUACUCGCUCAUAUAUAAAAGGAAAGGUAUCCAAAAUACCAGAACCGAUUGUGGAUCUUGUAUUGCCUCGUUCAACUGUCUCUCGUCAAAGCUCAACUUUCGCGGAACCAAACUUUGAACCUAUACUAUCACCAAGCUAAGGGGGAAGGGACUCCUGGAAAAUGAUCUUUCCUGAAUCACAACUGCCAUGAAGUUUACAGCACCUUCACAGUUCUCUGUGAGGGUGUCGAAAUCAUCUAGUAGACUUCUGACAUCGCUUGGCAUCAUCAAGAAUUCAUCGAAUCACCAAGAGGUCUAGAACCAAUGGCCUCACCUGCCCCAUCUGUCCCAGAUACUCAGCUCAACCUAACGGCUGAUGAGAUUGCUCUUCUCCGACAUCAUCAAGUACAAGCUGCCGUGACUGCAGGUUCCAGCUCUUCUCGCGCAGCCUCGCGAGCCUCGUCACAAGGUCUCCUCCUACUCGACACCACUUCGCUCGCAGCUCUUGGGCGGCAUUUUGACAAUCUCAUAUCACAAAUCAGUGCGAGGCUCGACUAUCUUUCUGAGCAAUCUGCUAUUGUUGCACAGCAACAAUACGAUAAUGCAGGGAACGCGAUUGCUAUGGCGGAUGCGGAAAUCGCUCGCUUUCAUGAUAUACUCAGGCAAAUUGAUGAGCUGGAAUUGGAUUUCGACCGCAUACGUCAUAUCAGGGAUAUUGUGAGGGGUUACCGACAGCGAGUUGAGGAAAUGGAACAAGCUGUGGAUAGAAGCGCUAGCGGGCAUACGAGUGGUAGUAGACAUCGGCAUAGGCAUCAUCAUGAGAGCUCUGGCAGUUCGAGAAGACAUCGAAGAUGAAACCGUUAGGCAUGCAAUAUUUGAGUUGGAGGACGGAACCAAAACCCCGGUGUUAGGAUCAUUAUAUACUGGACUGGUUGAUGAUAUAAUGGAGGUGAAGGGAAAGGGGUCGGUUGUGUUUUCUUGAAUGGACUAAAACGGGAAUCAGUGGAGAAAUCAGGCUCGGACACACUGAGAAGAAAUAUUUGCCUCACGGCUGGAGAAGGGACAGCCUCGCGGCCGGCGUUCGAUUUGAAAUUUUUGGUUUUUUGAGAUGAUUUCCUUUGAGGAUAGCGCCAAUACCCAUUUUCCGAUAUUGGGGAAGUAUCAGAUCUCGAAUGUAGAUAUUCGAGAGUUUAUUUUAUGAGUUUGGGGCGGAGCAAGCGACUGAUUUAUCAUUCUGAAAAUGUGUAAUUUAUCAUUUUGAAAAUGUGUAAUUUUUGGGGGAGAUUUUUACUUUUGAUUGAAUAAAUCAAUUAAUUUUGUUUGGUUGGCAAAACUGGUCAUUAAGCGUCAUAUCGAACCCCCUUUGAGAUCCUCGUUUACGUAUAUUUCUGUGCGUUUCUUCGUGAUUAUUAGUGACGAUAGUAUCAUCCUGGGCUACGAUGAGAUGAACGAGCCAUGUCAGAUCAUUUGAGAUGACCUCAUCUAACUACGGUACUCGCGACAAAUAGCAAUCUUGCUGCAGCA